AUGUUUGAAAAUGAAGAAUACUCUCGCGUUAUUCCAUUCAACAAUGGGAAGGAAAAAACAGAAUUGACCAUAUAUCAGGAAACUAUAACCGACGUCGGUGGAGUAAUUUGGGAUAGUGCAUUGAUGACGAUACACUAUUUCUUCAAAAAUCCAGAACAAUUUCAUGGAAAGAAAAUUCUGGAGCUAGGAAGUGGAACAGGAGUCUGUGGCAUUGCACUUGCUGCUCUUGGAGCUGAAGUAAUUAUCACUGACCUUCCAGAACGAAUUCCACUAAUCCAAAAAAAUGUAGCUGCGAAUUCUCGUUUAACAUCAAAUCGAAUUCAAGUGCAAGUAUUAGAUUGGACAAAAGAUAAAAUCCCUGACGGUCUCGAUUUAGUUCUUGCCGUUGAUUGUGUUUACUACAACAGUACUAUUACUCCACUGAUAAACCUCUUGAAGACUUGUGAUGCGAAAGAGACAAUCAUCGUUAGCGAAGAACGGGAUAUUGGAGAAGCUUCCGUCGCACAAAAAACAUUUUUCAAAAAUAUCAACGAAUUCUUUGAACUUACCCCAAUUUCUCAUGAAUAUUUAGACCCAGAUUAUUGUGCUGAAGACAUAAUUAUAGGAAGACUGAUUAAAAAACCCUAG